CUGUGACAAAACACAUGCAGAAUAAAUCAUGCACAAUAUUGUGCGUAGAGUUGUAACCUUUAGCAAAUAUAUAUUCUGGUAGAAAAGCGGAAUUCAAAGUCUUUAUUCUGACUUCUGAAAAGUAUACCUUGACAGUGAUUGCAGUGUUUCUUACUUAUGGAACCAAUACCACUAGGAACGUUGUUUUGGGAUCGCACUGAAGUGUUACCUGCCGGACACAUUUUUUCAGCGAACCCACAUUUUCCACGUGAGAGAGACUCGGCAAUGGCUCGGCGAGUCGUGAGUAGCACGCUGGAGAAAAGCUUGAAAAUUAUAAACGAGAACACAGUUCAGCCCGAAAAGUUUUUAAGUGUACAAGAUGGCCUGGCAUCAGAGUUCACAACACUUACAAAGACGCUUUAUGAUCUGCACAAAGUACAAGAAUUGGAAGAUGGAGUGGGCAGCCCCCUAAAGGAAUUGGUUAUAGAAUGUUUUGACGAGGAGCAAAUUUGGCAAGAACUUGAACUACAAAACAGUUCCGUUAUUAGUUAUUUUGAAAAUGUCAUUGCCGGAGUGCUCAAGAGUGGCACCCUAGACCUCAUGCCACAGGAUGAGGAGGAUGAUGAAGAUGAUAUUUCAAUGUCUGAGGAUGAUGCAGAAGGAGAGGAUAGUCGGGUGGAAAAUGGAGAUGAUGAAGCUAUUGAUGAAGAACUAAGUGAAGAGGAGGAUGGGCAUGAACCAGCAAGAGACAGACAAAAGUUGAAGGAGGUUCAGCAGUCCAGUGAUGAAGAUGAUUCAGAUACAAAUUUUGACGUGGAUGCAUUGGAAAAGCAUAACAAACAGUCUGUGUUGCAAAAGAAGAAAAAAGGAGGGAAGUCCGCUAUUGAUGACCGGUUCUUCAAACUGGCAGAAAUGGAGGUGUUUUUGAAUGAAAUGGAUAAAGAGGAUGAAGGAGGGGGCAGUGAUAUUGACUAUUUUCAGCAGCUGUCAUCAGGUGAUGAUGAAUUGGAAGAAGGAGAAUUGUUUUCAGCAAGUAAGAAGAAAAAGACACAAAAGCAGAACAGAAGUACAAGAGACUUGAAGUAUGAUGACUUUUUUGACCCCGUGGAUUCUGUUUUCUCAAAGAAAGAGAAAAAUUUUGGAAGAAGUAUUGAAAAAGAUAAUGAAGAAAUGGACGAGGAUGAAAUGAUUGAAAAUGACGAUAAUCUCGAUGACAAUGAGGAAUGGAUGGAAGAAAAAGACGCUACAAAGAGGGUGACUUUUAACGUGUCAGAAGACAGCGAAGGAGAAGAUGUUACUGAUAUCCUUGGUGGAAAAGCUAAGGCUCACGAUGGUGCAGAACUGAAAUCAUCAUUUGAAAAACGGCAGGAAAUGAUGUCUGACAAGAUCAAAACUCUUGAAAAGGCAGCACUAGACGAGAAACCAUGGCAACUUACUGGAGAGGUUUUGGCACAGAAACGGCCUGAGAACAGCCUGCUUGAAGAAGAUUUAUCAUUUGACCAAGCAGCUAAAAUGGCUCCUGUUAUAACAGAAGAAACCACUAUUCAUCUUGAAGAUAUUAUUAAACAAAGAAUUAAAGACCAGGUUUGGGAUGAUGUGGUGCGCAAAGAAAAGCCAAAGGAAGACACAUUUGAGUAUAAGAAGAGGCUGACUUUGAAUCAUGAGAAGAGCAAGUUGAGUUUAGCAGAGGUGUACGAACAGGAAUAUCUAAAACAGAACAAGCAAAAAGCAGAGGAAGAAGAGAAUCCAGCUCAUACUGAAAUCCAGAAGCUAAUGGACUCUCUGUUUCUAAAACUUGAUGCACUUUCUAACUUCCACUUCAUACCAAAACCAGCUGCACCAGAAAUAAAAAUUGUUUCCAAUCUGCCAUCAAUUGCCAUGGAGGAGGUAGCACCAGUAAGCAUCAGCAAUGCAACGCUGCUCGCACCAGAAGAAAUUAAAGAAAAGAACAAAGCUGGAGAUAUCAAGGGUGAAACUGAAAAAUCUGUCACAGACAAAAAGAGGGAGAGGCGAAAGAAAAAACUUCAGAAGAAGUUCAGGCUACGGGAGAAAGCGAAACGGCUAAAACUUAAAGAGAAGAAAAAUGAAGGAAAGAAUAUAAAAUUUUCACAAAAAGAAGCUGCCCAAAAGCUGAAGAAGCUGGCUAAAGAAGGCACUGCCACUUUGCUUAAGGAUGAUGGAAAGGACAAAGCUUUGCGCUCUUCACAAGCAUUUUUCUCUGUGCUGCAAGACCAGGUAAAAAUGCAAAUCAAAGGAGCCAAAAAUGAAAAAUCCAAAAAGAAGAAGAAGAAAGAAGUGUCUGCUGUCAAAUUAAAACUGUAAUAUAGGAUAUCUUACUUUUGUACAGAACAAUCUUUUGAACUUUUUAUGUAUGUGCCAUUGUACAUCUUCACAUGUUAAAUAAAAUGUUUGUUUAAAA